AUGCAUACAACCGUUAAAAGUGACGAUGAACGCGUGCAACAUGUUAAAUGUGCUGAAAAAAGGCCAAGCUUGAUCCUUUCUAAGCGAGAACAUGAAAAUGCUUGUAAAACGGUUAUCCUUACCGGACCCGAAACUUUAUCAGCUCGAGAAUUUGUAGCUAGGUUAAAUAUAUCAGUACAAGCAAAAUAUUCACAGGAAGGGAUUUCUCGAGAUGAAAUCUCUUCUUGA